AGUGUAGUGUGGAAACGGAAAUAUUGGUAAUCCAAGAUGGCAUCGCAUGUUUUUCGUGUUUUCUGUUUGGUCACUUGUCAAAUCACCAGUUGAAACUGACUGUCGUCUCUCACGCGCAUAUUUCGUCAAAAUUCUCAUCAAAAUUCUAGUUUAUCACUGAAGAUGGUUGCUUGGUCAUCCGUAGUUUCGCAUGCCAUCUAUGGUGGUAUUGCCAUCUGGACCGCUGGGUUUUACAUCGAUUCCGUAUCGCCUGCUCAUGUUUCCUUCUCCAUCCUCACUCUUAGGUCUAUUACUGGCAUCAUCAAUGCAUGCGGUGAAGAUGGUAAUGAAAACGCAAAGAAAGUUUACGACUUUGUCGACAAAGUCACGUGGUUCUUUGCGUUUCCCUUCUUUGCGUGCCAUUUAUGGUUAGAGCACGGAGUAAGACCGGAAUUGGCUUAUCUUCAUCCGGUUGUGGGCCUUAUUCCGUUUGGUCUCUACAUGGCCGAGAAGGACUUUGAAGAUGCCAGCUCUGCUUUGAUCUUAGGCAACACAAUAAGCGCUGCUUUUGUUACCAUUGUUAAUAGUAACUGGUAUGGAUUAGGUGCUACAACUAUUUUUGCGCUCACACACGGAGUGAUCAAGUUUGAAGAUGAUAGCAGCAUCAAGAAGGAAGAUGCGUUUAAUUAUCUGCUUGCUAUUUAUGUUCUCUUGGCAUGGCAUGCAUGGUAAACCAAUGAUGAUCAAUUAACUAAACUUAAAACAAUAAAUAACACAAAAUAAAUACCAUAUUAUCAUUAAAA